GCUGCUGCGUAUUUACUUGUGUAUGUGCGCGCUGUCAUGGGCACAGAGACACCGGAGAUGAGCUGUAGUUGCCGUGUGCCAGAACAGUAGAAUUACCUUGUCCUGGACGACAGGGUCGCCUACAUUCGGUGUAAUACGAUGCAGGGCGUCAGGGCGCUGCCCGCCAUUCGUCACGGCACCCUACGUUACAGGUCAUCCGCCUCAUCAUCUGAAACCAAGGAGAGAGUCCUGCAGUAUCUUCUGAAUAACGUGUCCGCUGUCCAGACUGUGAUGAAGUGGAACGCCACCUUCAAAUCGUGGAGACUGAAGAGUAUGAAUGAACGCUUUUAUUUCACGGAAUCCCUGUAUGGAAAAAAUGCUGCUGCCGCCUAUUACACGCUGGAGCAGGCAGGAGGUGUGAGGUUCAAAGGUCACACCGAAUGGUUUCGGCCAAACCACAAGGGGCGUUACACCUGGGAUUUCCUGCAGCACAAAGAUGUUCCCGUAGAAUGUGUGGACUUGAGUGGAAGCAUGGUGACCUACAUGGGCCUGGGCAACCUCGAUGGACUGCACGAGUUACGGGAGCUGAACCUCAGCCGCUGCGACUACAUAGAUGACUGGGCUUUGAGUCGACUGCAUGUAUUUAAGGAUUCCCUAGAAGUGCUGUCCUUGGCUGGAUGUCAUCAAGUGACGGAGCGAGGGUUGGCCACCCUACACCUCCUACAGAACCUGAAGCAUUUGGAUCUGUCGGACCUCCCAUCCGUCAACAAUAAGGGAUUGGUGCUGAUCCUCCUGGAGGAGGUCUUGCCGGGCUGUGAGAUUGUGGGCAUUGAUUAUACAGAUGGGCUGCAUACAGACGAGGUUCGGCCGGCUCAGAAGACAUGAAAUGAGCCGUGGGAUGGCGAAUCUGCCGGCUAAGCCCAUGCAGCACUCAGCCAUGGUGAGAUGCCGGAAGUUCAGCAUCUCGGUCAUCGCCCUGCUCGCCCUCGUCAUCAUCAAAAUUUUCAUAGAAUUGAAUUACCCUCCUCUCAGACUCUCUGACCCAUCAUCUA